CGGGCAUGGCAGAGACGCGGCGGGGGCCGGAGACCCCGCUGCAGCUUAACGCGCUGCCGGACCACUCGCCGCUGCUGCAGCCGGGCCUGGCGGAGCUGCGGCGCCGUGCACAGGAGGCUGGCGUCCCGCAGAGCCCGCAGCCGCUCACCGACGCCUUCCUGCUGCGCUUCCUGCGCGCCCGGGAUUUCGACUUGGACCUGGCCUGGCGGUUACUGAAAAACUAUUAUAAAUGGAGAGCAGAAUGCCCAGAAUUAAGUGCGGAUCUACACCCUAGAAGUAUUCUUGGCCUUUUGAAGGCUGGUUACCAUGGAGUGCUGAGGUCCAGGGACCCUACUGGCAGCAGAGUUCUUAUUUACAGAAUCGCAUACUGGGACCCAAAAGUUUUUACAGCUUAUGAUGUAUUUCGCGUAAGUCUGAUCACAUCGGAGCUUAUUGUACAGGAGGUGGAAACUCAACGGAAUGGAGUCAAGGCUAUAUUUGAUCUGGAGGGCUGGCAGAUUUCUCAUGCUUUUCAGAUUACCCCCACUGUGGCCAAGAAGAUUGCUGCUGUACUUACAGAUUCAUUUCCAUUGAAAGUUCGUGGCAUCCAUUUGAUAAAUGAGCCAGUAAUUUUCCAGGCUGUCUUUUCUAUGAUUAAACCAUUCCUGACUGAAAAAAUUAAAGGCCGGAUUCAUCUGCAUGGAAACACUUACAAAUCCAGCUUGCUUCAGCACUUCCCCAACAUUCUUCCUCUGGAGUACGGAGGUGAAGAAUUCCCCAUGGAAGAUAUUUGUCAGGAGUGGACAAAUUUUAUAAUGAAGUCUGAAGAUUAUCUUAGCAGCAUUUCUGAGACUAUCCAGUGAGAAGUUACUUCAUGUGAAUGACUUCCUAAUUACAAAUUCAUGGAUGGGAUCCUUUCUGUUUACUAAAUGCAAGAGCAAAUCUUCUGAAUUGAUGCUUGUCUAAUCUUUAAAAAUGUAAACAAACAAAAUCAUGAAAUGAGUAACAUGGCUAUUUGGGAAGUUUUUUUUUUUUUUUACUUUUGAAAUGUUCUUUACCUUU